AUGGCGGAGGUACGGCAAGAGGUGGAGCGUGAGGAACGUGAGCGCGAAGAGCGCAAGCGCAGAGGCGACAGAGCUGCAACCGCUGUUAACAAUAAAUUUGACGACUAUCCAAUAUAUGAUUACCGUAACAAUAAAAUUAACAAUAUUGGUACAGUAAUACUGAAUUGCGUUGAUCCUGAUUUGAAUACUGAACAAAAGACAGACUUUGUUGUUGUGGAUGACACACAUGCUCCAAUUCUAGGGUUAGAAACUAACAUAGGGAUGACUUCAUCAAGCAACACAUUUAGUGGUUUAGGUAAAUUUCCAGGGACUGUUUCAAUAGCAUUGGAAGAUGGGGCUACUCCUUGUUUGCACUAUAAAAAGAGAAUUAAAUUGAGUAUGUUAGAGCGGUUCAGCCGUAAGAUUGAAGAGAUGGUGGGUAAUAAAGUUAUAUCGCCAGUAAAUUAUCCUACAGACUGGGUGCAUAAUGUACAGCUGGUAGAAAAGAAAAACGAUAUUCGAGUUUGUCCGGAUCCAAAACCAUUAAAUAAGUGCAUAAAACGUGAACAUUUUCUGAUUCCAACCUUCGACGACAUUACCAGUCAAUUAGCUAACAAGUAUAUAUUUACUGUACUCGAUCUUAGUAGUGGGUUUUGGCAAAUGGAAUUGGACGAGCCAAGUUCGAACUUAACGACAUUUAUGACACCGUUUGGCCACUAUAAAUUCAAUCGCGUGCCCUUUGGUUUAAAUUGCGCACCCGAAAUGUUUCAAAGAGAAAUGGUCAAACAUUUCGGCGAUAUCCCCGGGGUCAUAAUUUAUUUUGAUGACAUGGCAAUUGAGGCAGAGGACUUAGAACAGCAUGACGAGACUCCCGCAAAAGUUAUUGCACGAGCAGUCGAAAAAGGCAUAAAAUUAAAUCCAGAUAAAAUUCAAUAUCGUCAAACGGAAAUGAAAUUCAUGGGAUGUAUAGUUUCAAAAGGUACCAUCAAACCGCAUAUGCAAAGUGAUCACAAACCGCUAGAAUCACUUUUGAAGAAAGAGAUCGAUGAGGUGACGCCCAGGUUACAGGCCAUGUUCAUGUUCUUGCUUAAGUAUCCAAAAAUGGUGGUAAUUUAUACUCCGGGUAAGCAAAUGUUGGUGGCUGACUGUCUUUCUAGUGCAGCACUACGCGAGACUGCUGAAAUCGACGAACUAAAGGGUGUUAUUCACACCCUGACGAGAAAAGUUUGUAUGUCAAAAUACAAUUACGAUAUAUACUGCAAGCAUAUAGAUGCAGAUGAAGAGUACACACAGUUGUGUCUAUUUGCGCAACAAGGAUGGCCCAAAUAUCAACAGUUGACGGAACUAAGCAAACAAUUUCACAAAUACAAGUCAGAAAUACACUUUGAAAAUAACAUGCUGUUCAAGAACCAUCGACUAAUAAUUCCCACGGCAUUACAACCACAG